GGUUUGCUUUCGGACUCUUGUUCCUGUUGACGUGUUCGUCUGAUACGUGAAGGUGGCAGAAACGAAAGCAACAAGGCACACGGUUGCUUUAAUUUCACUCUUUUCUGGACUUUAAAGGGCUUACAGGGUCAGAAAAUGGAUACGAUUUACCACCAGACUAACAAGCAAAUCCAGGAGAUCCAGUCGCAUAUGGGCAGAUUGGAGACGACCGAGCGACAGUCGGUGCACUUGGUUGAAAAUGAGCUGCAGGCCAGAAUCGAGCAGGUCUUCACUCCUCUGGAACGACUCGAGAUCCUGGCUGGGAAAGAACCGCUGAACCGCCGCCAGAACGCCAAACUGCGUGUAGAGCAGCUGAAGUAUGACGUGCAGCAUUUGCAGUCAGCCCUGAGAAACUUCCAGCAGAGACGAUACACACGCGAGGCUCAGGAGAGGGACAGGGAGGAGCUCAUGAAACGCACUUUCACCACUAAUGACGCAGAUACAUCAAUCCCAAUAGAUGAUACUCUUCAGUUUAAUUCCAACCUGCAAAGCGCACACAAAGGCAUGGACGAGCUUCUCGGCUCCGGCUCAAGCAUCCUCCACAGCCUUCGAGACCAGCGAGGCACGCUUAAGGGUACCCAUAAGAAGAUGUUGGAUGUGGCUAAUAUGUUGGGGUUGUCCAACACAGUGAUGCGUCUGAUCGAGAAACGAGCCAGUCAGGAUAAAUUCAUCAUGAUGGGGGGCAUGCUGAUCACCUGCUUUUUCAUGUUCCUGGUCAUCAAAUACCUGAGCUGAACCUUCUUUCCACAAAUGGACCAAAAAAGAAACAGUUAUAUGAAUACAGACUGAAUUACGACAUCUGAUUUGAAUUCCUGAGUGGAAUUUUAGAAACUGGAAAACACCUUUCUUUUUUUCUCUUUAAAUUCUGAAAUUUAACAUAGACUUUAAAGAUAAUUCUUAGAGGACCUCUAAGAAUCAUCUGUAUCUGGGUUCUGGGUGAUUGAUUAGUAUUAACAGGCUCAAAAAUUGCCAAGAUGACACCAUUACACCACCUCGUCCAGCCUGGAUUGUCUAUCUAAGGUAGGUUGUGUUCAUGGAUGCAUGCUGUUGGUGACAAAUUCUGACCCUUCCAUCUGUGAACCCAAACGCAAAUGUAGAUUUAUUUGACUAGGCUACAUUUUUCUAGAUCCCUUGUUUUUAGCUGACAGAACAGACUUUGAUUAGGACAGUAGUAACUCGGGUAGUUAAGGCUCUAGGUUAUUUAUUAGAAGGCCCAGCACAGGCGAGCUGCCACUGUUGGGGGACUUGUUUUUUCUGUCUGUUGUAGCCCAUCCACCAACAAGGUUCAACGUGUUGUGCGUACACCCGCACUCACUUUAGCCCCUACCUUAACUAGUAAACUCUAGAGCCUGUUGUAUGUGAAAAUUCCAGCCCAAUAAUAUCACGGUUUAAAAAAAAUAAUUGGGCUUACAUUUUUUCACCAUUUCAAUGGUUGAUGUCAGCUGCUGCCCUGUAGCUGAAAGAUUGUAUGUGCUGCACAGCAGCCACACAAUUGGCUGACUAGAUCAGCGCAUGAAUGUGUAGGUGUACAUAUGUUCCUAAUAAAGUGUCCAGUGAGUCCAUGUUGAUCUAGAAUGGCACGUCGUCAAGCCUGUUCGUUGUCCGCUGUGUGUCCUGGACAAUAUCGCUCAAAUACAAAGAUUUUCCAACCUUCUGCCAUAAUAUAAAAGACUGAAAAAGCCAGCUGGGAUGUUUCAUUUAAUUAGAAAUUCUUAGUUUCUGGGGAAAUAGGAAAUGAAAAAUAUUUCUGGACAUCUGCAACCUCAUCUUGAUGCUCAGCUGGCACACACACAGACUGUAAAGCAUCAGAUCUCCUUUGCCCCAGAUAUAUACAGUCAAGUUUUCCAAAAUCACCUGGAUAUUUGUCACAGCUACAGUUCUGAUGGUAGACAUAGAGUGUUCAAACCUUGAUGCACCUGAGAGAUCAUCAUCUUCAUCUAAUGACCCAACAUUCAUCCAACGUGCCCUUAAUGACCUCAUUUAGAACGAUCACUUCUGUCUUAACCAAGUUUUCAAGAUGAUUAAAGUGCUUUCACACCUGUCCAUUUUUUCCUCAAACACCUUUUCAUAUAGCGAUUUUUAUUUCUUUCCUUUUCUGAAGACGUGCAAAUAUUAUAG